UAGCGCCAGCUUUUUUUUGUGGCGCAUCCGUGCGUGUGUGCUUCUUAUUAUAGAUUCCAUCUUGUCACACUAGCCAUAUGGCCAAGGCUGUAUCCCACUCAGGUCAGUAUCUGUAUGCAAAGGUGUCGUUACUCACGUUUGAGCCACAUUGAAUGGAAAGCAACGCAGAAACACAUUGAACGCUUUUAUCGUUGUGUUUUCCGCUCACGAUGACCGCAGACAUUAAGGCAUUUGGAAAAAGUUACGAGGAACCUCAGUGGACCUGUUUUUCUUGCAGCGCUGCUGUGUGGAAGCACGGCUCAGAGAAAAAGGGAGGAUACACGCUGCCGUGUGUUUUCGCACAUGCAGUACGCCUUCACCUGACCUUGAGCUCUCCAUUGUGCUGCAUUCAACGGUCGCACUGAGGUGCGAUGACAUACAGAGACACGCGGCUCUGCGCGGUGUUUGCUCUCAUCUUAUGUUUGUGUGCGUUUAUCUGACAAAAGUGGAACUGGAAAGUCCUGACAGGAGCAUCAGGAGAUUACCGGCUCUUCCCUCCGAACCUGUUUUCAGGCCCUUAUUCCUACUCCUUCACCUCUGCUCACCUCUGAAUCCUCCCCGUUGGCCACACACCCCUCUCCAGCCAUGACACACCGAUCGCAGGGUUCAUCGAUUGGUGAAAACCCCCUUGAUCCAAACUACCUGCCCCCACACUACCGCGAGGAGUACCGUCUGGCUAUUGAUGCACUGAUAGAAAACGACAUACAGGGCUACUAUGAGUUCCUCCAGACUACAGAUGUGGUCGGUUUCCUGGCACAGCCGGAAAUUGAAUUUAUCAAGUCCACAAUCCAGGUGCCCAAUCAGACCUCUAACUUGCCAGAGCUGACAUACCAGGAGGGAGCUAUUGAGGCCGAUGGCUCCUCUGACACCUACUGGCCGGUGCAGUCUGACAUGGCAGCCCCGGGGCUGGACCUGGGCUGGCCGCUGCCACAGCACAGCUUCGGCGGGCCCACAGAAGUCACCACUCUGGUCAACCCCUCUGACCCAGACAUGCCAAGCAUCAAGGAGCAGGCCAGGAGACUCAUCAAGAAUGCACGUCAAGUCAUUGCUGUGGUGAUGGACACGUUCACAGAUGUUGACAUUUUUGCUGACCUCUUGGAUGCAGCAGCACGCCACAUUCCUGUUUACAUUCUGCUUGAUGAGCAGGAAACCCAUCACUUUGUUUCUAUGGUUAUAAACUGCAAAGUCAACUUGGACUUGAUUCCUAUGAUGCGUGUCAGGACUGUGGCAGGAAUAACCUAUUACUCUCGAACAGGGAAAUCAUUUAAGGGACAAGUGAAAGAUCGUUUCCUAUUGGCAGACUGCAAGGCUGUACUCAGUGGAAACUACAGUUUCAUGUGGUCCUAUGAGAAGAUCCACCGCUCCAUUGCCCACCUCUUCCUCGGGGAGCUGGUUUCCACCUUUGAUGAAGAGUUUCGUAUUCUCUUUGCUCAGUCGGAGCCUCUAGUCAUUGAGCUGUCAGAUGGAGCACUUGCUGUCUCUGAUACCAACCAGUUUGGUUUAAAGAGGACCCAGUCUUUGCGUAACCCCAUAGGUUACCGUAGGCAGCCUGAGAUUCCUUCUGCCUUCCCCUACGGAGACUCUGAUCGAAACCUUGCACUUCCGUUCCGGAGGAAUGACCCUUUUCGUCACACCAUUGAACCAGGGGCAGGAAUUACAAUUGGAAAGUAUUCCCAGCAACAGUUUCGCCUGCAGCAGUCCUACCUGGAUCAGGGAAGAUCCAUAGUGUCCAGACAGAUGGAGAUCAGCUCCAGUGGCUUCAAGAGGCACAGCUAUGCAGAGGGAACCCAGGAAAACUACAAAUCUUCAAGGCAAUACAUGAGGCACAGAGUCAUGAAUAAUCUGGAUGAGACAGACUUUCACAGGGAGCAGACCCAAAGUAGCCAUUUCUACAGUGAAGGGCCUGGGCCAGGUUCUGGCCAUGGACACUACGACAGACUCCGAGGUCGUCCUACACACCUCUCCAUUGACCAGUAUUCAAACUCAAGCUUUCGUUCUGAUCUGGAGCCUCCUCCUGGAAACUAUGGCCAAGACUACUUUUCAUCUGAGGACUUGAGAGGACCUGAGGGUCAACAGGCACCACCCUUAGCUGGGAGAUAUGGAGGAGGUUCCUCCAAUAAGAGGCCAACCAUAGGACAAGCGUAUGCCUGCCAGAGCUCACCAACACAGCCCCACCCACCAGAGAAGAAACAGUUAUUCAAACAACCUGAUCAAGAACAUGAUCAAGAUGAAAGUGUAAGGCAAGGCUUAAGGAGUUGGAGAAUCAACUCCUAUCUUAGCACAUAUGAGGACAGUGGAGAAGAAGGGCUGCCACAGCCUAUGGGGCCUGAUGCCUUUGAAGAUCCUCCAUCUCAGCAGCCAAAUGAAAAUUCAGGUCCUCGUUUUGGAAUAAAGGAGCCACCAAACAUUCCUUCAAAGCCUAGACCAGAUAUCCUGAGACCACGCUUUGGAAAGCCCAAAUUACAUGAGAGCAGCAAUAAAGACUCUGCCCCAACAACUACUAGGGACCUGCUUCCCUCAGUCAGUGUCAGUGACUUAAAGAAGACCUUUUCGCUGGAUAAAAAAGAGAGGGAGAUGGAGGAAGAAAGACAGAGAGAUCCAGAGCGUGGUACUGUAAAGGAGGUGGGUGUGGAUGUGGAGCUGAAAGAGGCUCCAGAUCUCUUCCUGACCAAACAUGAAUCAUUCCGUUCACGUAUUAACCCACUCCUGCAACGUAGCUCUCGUCUCCGUUCCUCACUUAUAUUCUCAUCUUCUAAGGCAGAGGUGCACAGUGGUAGCCUGGGAUUAAAACCAGCCGCAGAGGAAGAUGAUGAGUUAGACAAAGUGCGAACUUCCUCGAUUGUGGCCCAGAUCUUAGAAAAGAGAAGGUCAUUGUCUCGUGAGCCUUUCGAGUGGAGGAAAAAUGUUGAGGAAAAUGAUAAGGAGAAAGAAAAGGAGAAAGAGAAAGAAGAAAAGGAGAAGAAGAAGAAAGAGGAAAUGGAGAAUAGAUUGAAAGAUGAGAUUAAAGCAAAAGAGGAAUCUCAGAAAACUAACAAGGAGGUUAAUACAACAACAACAACAACAACAACAACAACCGUUGAAAAAUCUCAAGUCACAACACAGUCAUCAUCUCUGAACAUGAACGACCCGGCUAGUCGACUGCAGUAUUUCCAAGAUUUGGCUGCCAAGAGAAAAGCCUCAAAAAUGGAGACAGAAUCAUCGCUAAAAUCCCCAGAGCCUGCUGAGAAAAAGCCUGACAUCUAUGAAAAACCUCCUCUCCACACUACGACUGCAAAAAUCCCAACGGCCUCUGUCAGUUCAGCAGAACCUGAACCAAAGAAGCUAGACAUCUCGGCGAAACUGGCAGAGCUCACUCGCAGAUCGUCAGUUAGUUCCUCUAAGCCACCAUUAAUCCCUACAAAGCCUUCUGCCACCCACCUGAAGCCAUCAGAGACAUCUCAUCCUCAUAAAGAGGAGAAUGCCUCAGAGGGUCUAAAGAAGGAUGUAUUCAAGUCUCUAAAGCCUCUUCCUUCACCAAAGCUAUUCAAGAAGGAUCAGCUGAAGUUCAAAGGACUAAAUCCUCGUCGCAUCUCCUGUGGUGAAGAGAUUCUGACCACAGAUGCUACAGAUGCAGAGAAGAGUGAACUAAAAAAGAUCCGCUCUCAAAGUUCUUCAACUGUACCGCAUGAUGAUUCUAAGGAAGGUCGGCAAAAAAAUAUGGGAUCGAACACAUCCAUCAACACACUUGGUGAGGGAAAGGGUGAGGGUAAGACGCUCGACUUCUUGAAGAAGCAGACUCAGAGGCUAAAAGGAUUCCUUGGGCCCAAGGAAAAAGAAAAGAAAUCUUCAGGAGAUGAUAGAGGCAUGACGGUGGUAAAAGAGAUCACUGAAGAUUCAAGGAUAAAGCAGAGCUCAUCAGCUAACGAUACAGGAUCGACCACUACCAGCCAAACUACAGCCAAUCACAAGACAUUGACUGGAACAACAGGUUCGUCCAGAUACCAGGCCCCAGGCAGCUCUGUUUUGUUCAGUAGCAACCUACGAGAUGACACCAAAGUGAUUCUGGAGCAGAUCUCGGCCAACAGCCAGAAAAACCGACUGGAGCGCGAAGAAACAGGAGCAGACAAAGAUAGUGAUGCUGGGGAGAAGGGGCUGGAGAGACAGAACUCCUUAAAAAGGAGUCGAUUUCUGCGACCGCAGGGCAACAUCCAGGAGCGGGAGGGAUUGCUGAAGAGGAUAGAGAGUCUGAGGAAGGAGAAGAAGGUCUACAGCCGCUUUGAGAUGGGGAAUAACCUGGGUUAGCGAAAGAUGGAGGAGCGGCCUUUUAAAUGGAAACUAUUUAUGCAAGACGAUCAAAAGACCAAUUGACCAUAUGUGCCAGCGACACUAUCAAAGUACCUCUGUGGCUCAACACUGCAGCCUUUCCUGGAUUUUCACACUGAGCAAUAAAACUUGAAAAGACUAUAUAUAAUGCUGAAAACAAACUUAAGUCAUUGGGUUUGGAAUGUGCCCAUUUGCCAAGACUUGGUACUACUUUCACCUUAUAUGGUGAUAGAAAGAAGAGUCACUCUACUUUCAUACUUUCUGCAUGGGCUGAUGUUUCACCAACAAUAAAAAGGUAGGGAAGUUUACCUUUAAAUGAGAUUGUAUGAACGUGAUUGAGGGAGUGAUUGCAACGAGAAAAAUUUGAUACAUGCCACUCAAAAAAAAAGCCGUAAAUAACUGGACGUGUGUGCUACCAGUGUUGUGUGUUUCUGUAUGUGUAAGUAUAACUGGGACCUGUUUGAAACUGAAUGGGAGGUGGAGGAUUCACCAUGUGCCAAUGGCCCACAGAGGGCGUUACCAAAACUAGAGGAACUAUUAACCCAGCCUAGAAAGCAAAGAUGAGUGUAUAAAGAUAAAUAGAAUGAGAUUUGAUGAAGGGUGAACAUUUAAGGGCAAGUGUGUGAAAUUAUAGUGUGAGACUAAAUCUAAAUCAGGAAUUGUGUUCUCUAAUGUUUAAUUCUAAUGCUGAGGCGGCAGCAGUAGUACCAUGCUAAUCACAAGUAAAGCCUUCAGUGAUCUUUAGCCUCUCAAGAGAGCUCUAUGUACCUUUCUAUAAAGGCGUGGACUCACUUCUCAGGGUCGAAAGUGUCAAGUAACCAUUGAGAGAGAGGGAGCCUCAAAGGUCAGAGGAGCAGGGUUUAAAACAUGUAUGUGUAUUAGUCUUUGUACUAUGCAAUGUAAAUAAAAUAUUAAGUACUUAC